AUGGAUAGUGGAUCAACAUCCGGGAGUCUAGUUGGAAAAGGCAAGAAAGUAGAAAAAACACGAUGUAGUUGGAGUGCACAUGAAGAAGAAGUUUUAAUUCAAGCCCUAAAAGAUGUUAUCAACAAGGGAUGGAAAAGUGAGAACGGAUUUAGAGCUGGGUACUUGACUUUAUUAGAAAAUGCAAUGCGGGCAGCAAUCCCAGGGACAAAUAUACGUGGAAAUCCACAUAUAAACUCAAAAGUACAUGUGUGGAAGAAAACACAUGGUACUUUGGUAACAAUAUUAUCCAAAAGUGGAGUAGGGUGGAAUGAUAGUGACAAAACCAUUGAGGCUACUGACGAAGUAUGGGAAACAAUCAUUCAGUCAGACCACACCACACGAUCAAUGAGGCACAAACAAUGGCCUUAUUAUCAGGAUUGGUGUGACAUUUUUGGAAAUGACUGGGCAAUAGGUGAGCAUGCUAAGACCUUUACAUCAGCCCUCCAGGAUGUCCUUAACAUGGAUUACGAAGUAGAAAAUGACACGACGGAUGGUGGGGAUGGCAAGUCAAUGUCUGCAACGCACACUCUGUCUUCGAAACCAAGUGUAGGUGCAACCUUCAAUAGUAAGAAACGAAAGCACGUGAAUGAAGGUGACGAUGCUAUAGUUGAAGUCAUCAACAACCUUGCUACCAUAACCAAGGAUACCAUGAAGGAUUUGACCAAAGAGCUAGCAACAGAGGAGAAGAUAUCAAAUGCACAGGAGAAGGUAUUGGAUGCCUUGAUGGUGAUAUCAGAGCUAACGGAGGAGGAGAAAGUACUUGUUGCUGAGUUGUUGGCGGACAACUAUAACAAGUUAUCACUAUUCUUGCGCCUCAAUGAUAAGGGAAAGCUAAGCUUAGCCAAGAGGUUGUUGCGUGGAGGUUAA